AUGGGUCAUAAAGCACCACGACUGACUAGUACUGGAACGACGAUUGUGGCUGCGGCAUACAAGGUAUAAAUCAUUUUCCGUUUGGAAAUGGUUUAUUUUCUCACAGGGAGGACUAGUGAUGGGAGCAGAUUCUCGCGCUACCGCCGGAAACAUUAUUGCAGACAAGCACUGUGAAAAGGUUCACAAAUUGACGGAAUCUAUUUACGCGUGUGGAGCCGGUACCGCGGCAGACCUUGAUCAAGUCUCUUCCCUUAGAAAAAUUUAAUUCCAAAAAAUUUUUGAAGGUCACCAAGAUGUUGUCCGGAAAUCUUCGUUUGCUCGAGUUGAACACUGGGAGAAAGGCUCGAGUGAUCACUGCGCUCCGUCAAGCUAAGCAGCAUUUAUUCAAUUAUCAAGGAUACAUUGGAGCUUAUCUUCUUAUCGGUUUGUCUCGAGUUUCGUAUAGUCUUAUAGCUGCUGAUGAGAUGGGGUGCCCCGGAGUGACGGGCAAAGCGGUCAGUGUCAAAAGAGCGAUUUUUCCACCCAUUUUUUAAAUACAUUUUUACUCAUUUUCAACUUUGCGCGUCUGGUCAUCCCGUCAUCAGCUCUGCUUUCGACGGUGGCUUCAUUAACAAAAAAAUAAUGCUAUUUUCGUUCGGUUUUUGGACGGAAAAACUUCAAACGAAAAUUUUUUUAUUACUUUUGCUCAAUUUAGUCUGGGUAGCUAGUCAUUAGAAAUAAAACUUUUGUCUAAAAUUUUAGGCGGAGUUGACCCUACUGGACCUCAUUUGUACAUGUGCAGCGCAAACGGAACAACUAUGGCCUUUCCAUAUACGGCGCAGGGCUCCGGAAGUUACGCAGCCAUAACAAUUUUAGAGCGUGACUUCAAGCCAGACAUGACGGUUUGUAUGGUUCUUUUUUGAAAUUAGACUCUGUUUUUUAGAAAGAAGAAGCAGAAAGCUUGGUGCAGCGUGCUCUUGAGGCUGGAAUGCACGGAGACAAUGCCUCGGGUAACAGUCUCAACCUGGUUGUUAUUGAACCAACCGCAACCGUUUUCAAGGUUUCAUUACGUUGCUUUUUUCCCAAUUAAUCUUCAAAAAAUGUAGGGUCCAAUCAUUCCGGACUUUUGCAAACGACCUGAGCCCAACGACCUCGAAUACAAAUUCAACAAAGGCUCAACCAAAGUACUGAAACAGAAGGCUUACAAGUACGAUAUCGUCGAAUCGAUGGAUAUUAGUCAUUAA